GGCUCAUUGGCGUCCACGAGUGUUGGUGAGUUGGGGGUGAAACGGGGAAGAGGAGGAGAAGCAUAGAGAGAGAUACUAUAUUAUCGUGGUCUCUUUCUUCUUACCCGAGUCCAAGAAGGAAAAAGAAAAUCAUCAUGGAGGAUCCAAGGGAUUACGCCAGAAUCGUCUGUUCCGCACCGUUUACUUUCCUCAUCGGCCCCGAACACACCAAGAUCACCAUUCAAUCCGGCCUUGCCCACCAUGUCUCCCAGCCCCUGGACCAUCUCAUGAACAAUGGCCAGACGAGGGAGUCCAAGCACCGCAUCGUCCUCCUGGAGGAUGAAGAUCCUGAGACCUUCAUUGCCUUCUGCGAAUACGCGUAUACUGGUGACUACACCGUUCCUCCCUCGGGAGCCAGGCCUGUCGGGAAUCCCAGAGGCAAAGACAGAGACGGAGAACAAGAACGGCACAACAGGGUAGCCAGCCCGGUAUCCGUUAACUCGGGCCCCUUUAAAGGGCACUUGAGACGCGGGUCGGAUUGGUUUUCGGAGAAUGUACCUCCUCCUGUGCCAUCACCUCCACCCAGGUCUGUUGGGAGCUUGGCCGGUGAUGCGGGAGCUGAGAGAGAGGGUUACAAUGAUGGUAAUGAUGACAGCGCUCUGUUCAAGGACGGACCGGAAGAUGCUGGUGACAAGGAGCUGGGGUCAGGAUUGAAAGGCGAUGAUGCCGAGGGGCCGGAAGACGGUGCUACGUCUGCCGCUGUCGAACCUCAGGCUUUCAAUGCCCGGGGCUCCUCCCGCAAGAACAAGAAGAACAAGAGGAGACAGAGGGCGGGUGAGUCCAGAGACAAUAUCACCCCCAGUCUGACUCCCCCCUGGACUCCUCCGGAGAAACCGGCGGAGGAGGUUCAAGCUCAAGUCGAGGACAGAGCUCCUCCCACCAUGGAAAUGGCUGCGUCGACCACGAUGGUCAACGAUUGGGAGCAAGCCGUGGUGUCUACAGCCGCUGAUGAGGAUGAGCUCCUCGAACGCAGAAUGAGACCUGUCAUCGACACAUCAUUUGUGGACGAGCCACUCCCGGAAACGAUGGAUGAAGGGAGAAAGGGCAAUCUAUGGGACGAAUUCGUCUCCCUAGAUUACGCCGAUCAUCGUUCAUCCCGCGAGAACACGCAGGCUGGGCUGGGACCAAGACCGUCUCCGACCCAUUGCGCCAUGGGAUCUGCCCAGAUGGACAACAUCCCCUACCUGGUGUUUCACGCCAAGGUCUACGUCUUCGCGACACGCUAUCUGAUCCCGGCAUUGGCACAGCUGUGUCUCAGAAAACUCCACCAUGACCUCGUCAACCUGUCCUUCCCCGCUCCUGGAUCCGAGUAUGACGAUGAGGAGGGGGUGGCUCUCACGACAGCCAAGGGAAGAAUGGUUCUCGCCCUUCUUCACUUCACCUAUACGAAGACAGCCCGGUUGGAGCCCAUCUCCCCAACCUCCGCUACGCAACUGCGGGACAACGAGCUGCGCAAGCUUGUUUGCCACUAUGCUGCAUGUAAAGUGCGAGCCUUGGCUGAAUAUUGUCCUCCUUGGGACGGCACGAUGCCGUUGCCGGCAGAUGGGAAGGGCAACGAUAGCAUUGCGCGCCAAGGUCUUCAAGGCCUCUUGGACAGCACAACAGAGUUAGCGUCUGAUUUGGUAUACCGCAUGAUGUAAGGCUGAUCUUGGAUUCGUCAGAUUCAGAUUGCAAGGUAAGAUGGAGAAGAUAGGAGGGAUUAUUCUGGUUAUAAUGUGCAUUUCUUUUGUCUUAAUUUUGUUUAACGAUGGGAUGACGAGACGUGUGUUUUGGCCAAGACUGCAUUCAUGAUGUCCUUUUUUAUAUCUCUCCUAUUCCCUUUCAUUUCCAGUUUUCAUGUCCAGACUGGUUCAGACUGCAGUAUGAUGGACGUUGUGCAUGUGUAUCAGGUUGCAUGCAAGGAUACCCCUGCAACAACCCAACAACAACACCAACAACAAAACCAGAUACAUCACAUUCCUUGCAUAAGUACAACUGUAGAAAGCAAACAAUACAGAGUCGGAGUCCUAUGCAUUCCCGGCAUGCCGCC